AUGACCGUACGAGACCUGGAGGAAAGGUAUCGCACCGCGAAUGUGCCACGAUCCGGACUGUGGCUUUUGCCUUCAUUACGCUUCGCGCCGCGGCAGUCAUCGCACCGCGGGACUCCACUCCUCGUCGCGCCGCGAGUUCACCACGNCGCGCCGCGGCAGAGCAUCGCGCCGCGGCACUGGCCUGUUAUAAAAAAUCGGGACCAGUUCUCGUUCUCACUAUAUCGCAAUCACUCGAGAAGUUGGACCCUAGCUCGGCGUUCUCCUACACCAUCAUCUCCGACCAUCGGUCCGUCGACCACGGCCGACCACCGGCGCCCCGACUACCAUCUCCGGCGAACCCUCCAUUAA